AUGAUCGCAGUGCAAAAAUCUACGCCGUUCUCCCGCACCCGGCGCAGCCUCUUUGGGAAAUCCCCUCGUUUUGCCGAUCAAUACGAACUCGGCGACCUGAUCAAACAAGGUGGCUCGGGUAGCGUGUACCGAGCAAUCAAAAAGAACAGCACUGAAAAGUACGCCGUCAAGGUGAUUGAUCGCACCAAGCUCAGCAAACAAGCAGAAAAGGAAAUCCUCCGAGAGGUUGAUAUCAUGCGAGAACUGGACGGCCUGGAGCACACCACCAAGGUGGUCGACUUUUUCGUUUCUCGCAAGCACUACCGCAUUGUUCAGCAACUCGCAAAAGGAGGAGACGUUCAAGAUUGGGUGAUACAAAACGGAGCAUACCAAGAGAACGAGGCUCGCGUUGUUGCCAUCAAGCUCCUGAAAACUAUGCAACAAUACCACGACCUGGGCAUAGCUCACCGCGACAUCAAACUGCCCAAUAUUCUGCUGGAGCGUGCGGACGACAACGCCUCCGUCGUCAUUGCUGAUUGGGGAUUCGCCAAUCGCAUUCGGCCUGGACAACCAUUGACCAAAGCCUGUGGCACUCCUUCCACCAUUGCCCCUGAAGUUCUGGCUGACAAUCCCUCGUACAAUCAAUCCGUGGAUUUGUGGGGUGUUGGGUGCAUCAUCUAUUCACUCUUGUCGGGGCAUCCUCCCUACAAGCUACGCAACGGCGACUACCACGCACUCUUUUCACAAAUCCAACAACAGGGGGGAUACAAGAGCAUGGAAUGCAAACGAUGGGCCAAUGUAAGCCUGGAAGCCAAGGACUUUGUACGGGGAUUGCUGCAGGUGGAUCCAGAGCAGAGAUGGACCGCAGGGGAAGCCCUUCAAACGGCAUGGAUCGCGGGGCAAAAGGACUGGAGGCGACAAAACACAUCAUCAUCACUCAGAGGCAACCAGCCACAGACAGCAGCAGCAGAAUAA